CUUAGUUGUUCUCCGGCGAUUCUCCGACCAAGCAGCACCCCUCUCUCUGCCUCUGCGGUUUUCUCAUGGGAGAAACGUCCAAGCUGCAGUUGCCGGAGACUUUCCUUAGCUUUCUAGAGGCCAAUGGCCUUGAUCCUUCGAUCUAUACGCACAGAGAUUCAAUUCCACGCUAUGUAAGGUUGAAACCUGGGUUCGAGGAUUUGGUCGGGGAGAUUGAAUAUGAAAUCAACUGUAAGCUGGAGAAGGUGAACUGGUUACCUGGGUUUUACUCCAUUCCUCCAGAUGUUCAAAUAGCGAGAUCCAUGGCGUAUCAGCAAGGGAAGAUGUAUGGAAUCGACGCAGCUUCCGGUGCCGCUGUUUCAGCUCUUGGUAUCUCCCCCGGAGACCAUGUCUUGGAUCUUUGUGCUGCUCCUGGUGCUAAACUAUGUAUGAUGCUAGACCUACUGGGUGAGAAGGGGACUGCAACGGGUGUCGAUGUAGCAAGGCAUCGCCUUGCCGCCUGCAGAACAAUGCUUCGAAAAUAUGGGCUUGGUCAAAGGAGCCGGCUUUUUCUUGCUGAUGGAACCACUUUCUCAGUGCCACCUAUCACCAACCUACCAUGUGGGUCAUGUGCGGACGACCAUGAAGAAACAUUUAAGGAGUGGACUUCUCGUAGACCUUACAAAGAAAGAAAACAAGAAGCCAAGGCCAAGAAUAAUAAUUUUUUUUUGCCGCAGAAUGGACAGCCGGAAAUUAUUUUCUACGGACAGAGUUCUGGAGUUAUAGGGCUGAAAAAGAAGGAACUUUAUAGACCCCUUGACCAAAAGGAUUGUGGGUAUGACAAGGUUCUUGUGGACGCAGAGUGCACACAUGAUGGUUCGAUCAAGCAUAUCCAGAAAUUUGAGCAAUGGGGUUGGACAACGCUGGAACGCCGUGUACUAGACGCUGAGAGAACCGAUAGAAACCUGACAGCUCUUCAGUUAAAUCUACUGAGAAAUGGAUUCAGAUUGUUGAAACAAGGGGGCACUCUUGUAUACAGCACCUGUAGUGAUGUAACUAUCAGUUUGACGCUUGCCCAAAACGAAGAUGUGGUGGAUCAGUUCCUUGAUGAAAAUUCAUCUGCAGAGCUACAAGAGAUUGAAACGGCCAAGGAUUGGCCGUGUACAAGUGGCCGCACUCCAAAAACUGUGCGUUUUGAUCCUUCCACCUCAGCAACCAGCGGCCUUUUUGUUGCAAAAAUCAGGAAAUUGGCACCAAAAGAAGCAGCAUAGAAGAUUGUGUUGUGAUGCCUCAUUACCUUAAAGUUGAUAUGAAACUUGAUUCAAAAAACUCGUUUAUCCGAUUGAACAAGUUUACAUUUUAACAAAAUCAAUGCAGUUAUAGCCGCGAAAAGCUCUCGAGGCUCCAGAGAUUCCAGAUGUUAACAAUCAAAAUUCAGAGCCACACAAUUUUGUUGAUCAUUCUUUUUCUUCACUGUAAAUCUCCACAAUUAUCUCUUAUAUAGAACACGUCUCCUUAGUCUUAGUACACUUAUUGCUCCUCUAA